CAUCCCCUUCCUCCAUCCGUCAACAGUCCGGCAAAUACCCAAAAAUGGCCCCUAUCAAGAAGUCCAAGUCGGCCAAGGCCUCCGAGUCGAUCAACUCGCGCCUCCAGCUCGUCGUCAAGUCGGGCAAGUUCACCCUCGGCUACAAGCAGGCGCUCAAGCAGCUCCGCAACGGCAAGUCCAAGCUCAUCCUCAUCUCGAAGAACUGCCCCCCGCUUCGCAAGUCUGAGCUCGAGUACUACGCCAUGCUCUCCAAGACCUCGGUCCACCACUACGACGGCUCCAACGUCGACCUCGGUACCGCCGCUGGUAAGCUCUACCGUGUCGGCGUCCUCUCGAUCCAGGACGCCGGUGACUCGGACCUCCUCCAGGUCGAGGUCGCCUAAACACGUCGACGCGUCGAUGCAUUGUAAUCAUUACAGAGGACCAUUUCUGGGGAUGCUGCAUGAUGCUGUAUGACUGUUACAUGGGGAUUGGGGUGAUGUGCGGAUGGGGGAUUGGCAAGGAGAGGCGUGGAGGCAUUAGGGAUGGGAUACUGAUUGCGACGUCGAACAACUGCAACAAACUGCGACUCCUUCGCUAUUGCUUGGAUAUCCGCACGACCUGGACGCGCGUCCCACGAUCCAGCGCUGUGUCCCAGAAUGUCGGCGCGUCGUCAAUGGACGCGAGGUCGAGCAGCUGCGUAGACAGGUGGCGUUUUUCACACUCGGCGAGGAAGAGCGCAAACGUGUCCUCGUUGCGCACAGUAGCAGCGAUGAUAGCCACGGGCGGUG